UUUUAUUAGAAGAAUUGGUAAUUUGCUAAAAGAGGAAAAGAAUCAAACCGUCAUUUCGUCGCCAAUUUUUUCCCGAUGGAAUCCCAAAGUUCCGACGAAGAGGAUCAGUUCUUCGACGCAUUCGAUGACUUCCAAUUUUACGAUUGCUUUACCUGCGAGCAAUCAGAGCCUUCCACGUCUCACUUACCUUCAACUCUCCUCCGGCGAACCUUCUCUCGCCGGGGAACUACCGGCAAGGAACCCGUUGAAUGCCUUCCAGAAGCUUCCAAUCUCGAAGAUCACUCCAGAACCAAUUCUAGAGACCCACGAUACAAUCUUUUCCGUGAUUUGAAGCCAAACGAAAGCACUUUUUCGGUAACCGAGUCGCCUCGGGAUGGAGUUAGCUCGAUCGGCGUCUCUGAAGAGAACAACGUCGUGGAGUCAACGGUCACCGUUGCUGAAAAUGAUGAACCAGUGGACCAAGCUCGUAAUAACUCCGCCGACUCGAUCGCUGAACCCAGUGAGUCACUAAAUUCUAAUUCCAGGUUGCUGCUGUUUAUAGCUGGUUUUGUGAUCAAGGCAUUCGGGUUCCAGUUAAAUUUGUUGAUUAGCUCCGUUACAUUGCCUAUAUCAGUUUUAAGUUACGGCUACAUGUUUAUUAUUGAUCCUUUUCAAGCUUUCAGCCAUGGUAGAGCUUAUAUAAUUGCAAAGUUGUUACAUUUACGGGAUUCGAUUUGUGAUUAUUUUAGUCCUAUGAUGAAUGAUUGCAUAAACUAUCAUAAAUCAAUAUGGAACCUCGUGUUUCGUUUCUGCUGGGGAUUGUUCUGGGCUUCAUAUGUUGGCUGCGUUUUAUUUGGGUUAAUGUUUACUUCACUUGCUACUACUGGGGUUCUGAUGAGGUAUUUGGUGGAGGAACCAUUGGAGAUGAAGGAAAUGUUGAACUUUGAUUAUACUCAGACUAGUCCGGUUGCAUUUGUUCCGAUUGUAUCUUGUGCCGCUGCCGGUUGCGGUGCGAAAUGUAUGGAGAAGAUAGAUGUCGGAAAGAAUGUGCGUCCUCGAGCUAUACCGCUGGAUCACAAAUUGAAGGUUACUGUUUCUUUGACAUUGCCAGAGUCAGAGUACAAUAAAAAUCUUGGGAUGUUCCAGGUGAGAGUAGAUUUCCUGUCUAUUAAUGGUGAAACUCUUGCCACCUCAAGCCAUCCAUGCAUGUUGAAAUACAUCAGUGUACCUAUCCGCCUUCUGCUGACAUUCUUUAAGGUUGCUCCUCUAGUAACCGGCUACACUCGGGAAGCACAGAAUUUGAAUCUGAAGAUUAGAGGUUUAAACGAAGGAACCGUGCCUACUGCUUGCUUAAAGGUAGUACUUGAGCAACGAGCGGAGUUCAGACCGGGUGCCGGUAUUCCUGAACUAUACGAUGCUUUCCUCAUUCUCGACUCUGAACUUCCAUUUAUCAAAAGAAUCAUAUGGUCUUGGAGGAGAACUAUUUUCGUAUGGGUCAGUAUGACAUUGUUUAUGACGGAGGUACUGUUUACAUUAGUUUGCUGUAGUCCUUUACUCCUUCCACGAAAACGGACGAGAGAUGGUUCUGCUAGGAGCACGCCAACACGGAAUAGUCAACAAGAACUGCAAAGUUGAAAGGUAAUCAUGCAAUUAAAGAUUUACCAAUCUUUUUCUUAACAAAUCACUUGUAUUUCGUCUGAUUAGGGGUUGCAUAGAUGAAGGGAAGCAAACUAUGCUAUUCCCUAGAUUUUUCGAUAUCGACGCAUAUGAACAGGUUACUCGAUUAAUCAGCUGUAGAUUUUUCAUGCCAUGAAGGAAUCAUGUGCUUAUUGAGCAAGAAUACUCCGAACAAUCUUUCCGAGGCGGCGUGGACUAUGAAAUGCAUAUGGAACAUGGAGCAUGAAACAUGUGAUCUUCAACUAAUUUUUCCUGGGAUAACAUUUGAUUAAUUUAUCAAGAACAAGUGUGUUAGUUAGGAUAAGAAGAUAAGUUUGAAGUGCCUACAAUCAAAGCCUUUUUUGCUGAAUUUCGAAAUUAAUUCAAGCAACCAAGGUGCUGAGAAUAUAAAUCAACUGCUUUCGGAACUUGGUAGUUGAGGGGUAAAACGAAGGGACCAUUACGGGAGUGCAGGGCCCAUAUUGUAUAGA